AUGGCGGGCUGCGCUACGUCGGCAUUGGACCCGGUCGGUAUGAAGCCGACGCAGGAGGAAUCCGUCAUAGGGGAUGACCUACUGCAAGCCAUCACGGACACGACCGCGCAGCCGCUGCAUACCGUCACCCUGAAUGAUACCUCGAUUCUGGCGAUUGCUGUCUAUCAGGAACGCGGCCUGCUGUUUGCCGGCGCCCAGGACGGCACCAUCUUUGUAUGGGACUUGGUAACGCAACAGCUGCAUGCCACGCUCAUUGGACAUACGCGCAGCGUACUUGCGCUCGAGCUCGCCGCCGAGAAAGGCUGGCUGUUUAGUGCCUCGUCCGACAGCACCGUGCGUCUCUGGAACGUGCGUGAGCUCGAGCCCCUCGCACUCAUUUACCCCGCGACAGACAACACAGGCGAUAUCUUGACCAUGACCUGGUGCUCUGCACUGCAUACCCUCUAUCUUGGAUGCCAGGACACGUCCAUUCAAUGGAUCUGCAUCACACCCGAAAAGCUCAGUGAGACGCCGCUACAUGCCGUGCCCGAGUCGCGGCCGCACAAGUUCUUUGACUCCAUGUCGCGCGCAAUGUCCGGCGCGUCGAGCCCGCUGCCGCUCGCCGUGCGCACGGCCGAGCAACUUAUCCGCCGCACGGCCGUGCACAUGGCCAGCAGCGUCGCGACGGAUGCGCAUCCUCCUCUGCCGUUGCGCGCAUGUGCGCCGAUGCAAAUGUCGGUCCUCGCUGUGAACAAAACGUGCGUCAUCCCUUCGGCCCACUUUGGCUACGUCUACAGCCUGACCAUCGUCCCGGUUGCGAGCGGCGCUCCGAUACUUGCCAGCGGCGCCGGCGACGAGAUGAUUCGUCUCUGGACGCUGAAUGCGGACGGCAUCCUCUUGCAGCACACGCUCGAGCUUCCGCUGCCGACGGGUGAUGCGAUCCUCACGCUCGGCGCGUGGGAGAGCACGCUGCUGGCCGGCAAGCAGGGCGGAACGAUUGACGUGUGGGACAUUGAUAGCCGUACGCUGAUCCGCACGCUGCGUGGCCACAACGACGAUGUGCUGUGCAUGCAGCUCGCAGAGCCGGGCGCGGAACGCACCUUUUUCUCGGGCAGUGCCGAUGGCCAUGUGUGUCGUUGGGACAAGUACUUCCGGUGUACUGCGCGCUGGGCCGCGCACGACGACAUUGUGCAGACAUGUGCAGUGUACAGCGGCAACCGCGCGGCCACGUCGCGCUACUCGUGGCUUACGGCGGAGCCUGUGCUAAUCACCGGCUCCUCGGACGAGUGUGUGCGCCUGUGGUCGUUUGAGCCGCCGGCCGCGGUGCCUGCGGCGAGCGAGGAGGCGGCUGUCCCUCCCUCGCUGGUCCAGCGCCUUGCGCGCUUUAUCCGCUACAAAAGUGUGUCGAACGGCCCCACGAUGCUGGCCGACGAUGAAAAUAUGGAAGAUUCGCGACAGGCCGCGCACUUUUUAAAGACGACGCUGAUGGAGCUCGGGGCGAGCGAUGUGCGCCUCGUCUCUGGCGGCGCGCGUGCGAACCCCAUGGUCCUCGGCACGUUUCGCGCGUCAAAAGGCCCUGCGCGCCGCCGCUGCCUCUUUUACGGGCACUAUGACUGUAUUCCCGCGAGCGGCGAGUGGGACAGCAGCCCGUGGGAACUGAGCGGUCGCAACGGCUACCUGUACGGCCGUGGCGUCAGCGACAACAAAGGUCCAGUGCUGGCCGUUGCGUACGCCGCGAGCGAGCUGCUCCAUGCCAAGGAGCUGAAUGUGGACGUGGUGAUGUUGGUCGAAGGCGAGCAAGAGACCGGCUCGAAAGGCUUCCAGGCCUGUCUGCGCGAGCACAAGGAGCUGAUUGGCAAGAUUGACGUUGUGUUUGUCUGCAACUCGUACUGGCUCGGCGAGCAGCGCCCCUGUCUCACGGUCGGCCUGCGCGGUGUGAUCCAGGUCAUUGUGCGCAUUACCGGCUUGCACGCCGACCGGCAUUCGGGUGUCGACGGCGGCGCGGAGCGCGAGCCGAUGAUGGAUAUGAUCAAGCUCCUUGCCACGCUUACCGACGGUGCGGGACGUGUCGCGCUACCCGGUUUCUAUACCCAUGUCCGUCCUGUCGAGGCACAAGAGCGUGCCUACUAUGAGUCGAUUGUCCACGAGGCGCGCGGCCCGCCGACCAGCGCCGAGAGCCUCAUGGCGUUGUGGUGCAUGCCCUCCUUUACCGUGCACCGCUUGACGAACAGCAACGCGGGCCACUCGACCGUGAUUCCGAACUCGGUCGAGGCGUCGCUCAGUGUGCGUAUUGUCCCCGACCAGUCGCUCGAUGCGAUCGAGCAGCUGCUGCGCGACAGCAUCCAGCGCAACUUUGACGCGCUGCAGUCGACCAACCGCAUCGAGGUGUCCGUCUUUCACCGCGCCGACUGGUGGCUCGGCUCGCUCGAGCUGCCGUACUGGCACGCCCUUGCCGAGGCCAUCGAGGCGGAGUGGGGCGAGCCGCCAGUGCGUAUCCGCGAAGGCGGCUCGAUUCCCGGCAUGGCGAUCCUCGAAAAAGAACUCGGCGCACAGGCUGUACAUCUCCCUAUGGGCCAGGCCUCGGACCACGCACACCUGCCCAACGAACGCAUCCGCCUCGUGAAUCUCGAAAAGGGCCAAGCGGUCGUCCGCCGCUUCUUCCACACGCUCGGUGCGAUGGACUAA